UCAUUUCUUCCGAAGGAUGGAUACGUUUCUUCUGGCGUGGGGAUUUCUAGGGCUGUGCUUGCCCGGCUCCGGAGGCGCGGCGGAGACAGCUCAGCCCUGCGGGGGCCGCCUGAACUCCAAGGAUGCCGGGUACAUCACCUCCCCAGGGUACCCCAAUGACUACCCCUCCCACCAGAACUGCGAGUGGGUCAUCUACACCCCUGAAUCCAACCAGAAGAUUAUCCUCAACUUCAACCCUCACUUUGAAAUCGAAAAGCACGACUGCAAGUACGACUACAUCGAGAUCCGAGAUGGGGACAGUGAAGCAGCAGACCUGCUGGGCAAGCACUGUGGGAACAUAGCACCUCCUACCAUCAUCUCCUCUGGCCCCUCUCUCUAUAUCAAGUUCACCUCGGACUAUGCACGGCAAGGUGCCGGCUUCUCCCUGCGCUACGAGAUCUAUAAGACAGGCUCUGAGGACUGCUCCAGAAACUUCACUGCCUCCAAUGGCACUAUUGAGUCUCCAGGUUUCCCUGACAAGUAUCCACAUAACCUGGACUGCGUCUUCACCAUCAUAGCCAAGCCAAAGACAGAAAUCCUCCUCCACUUUCUGCUGUUCGACCUCGAGCACGACCCGCUGCAGGCGGGGGAGGGAGACUGCAAGUACGACUGGCUGGACAUCUGGGAUGGCAUCCCUCAGGUUGGCCCCUUGAUAGGCAGGUACUGUGGGACUAAGAUGCCGUCGGACAUCCGCUCAACCACCGGUGUCCUCUCGCUCACCUUCCACACGGACCUGGCAGUGGCUAAAGAUGGUUUCUCUGCUCAGUACUACUUGAUUCAGCAGGAGGUCCCAGAAAACUUCCAGUGCAACGUGCCGCUGGGGAUGGAGUCUGGCAGGAUCUCCAACAUGCAGAUCAGUGCCUCCUCCACCUACUCAGAUGGACGAUGGACCCCUCAACAGAGCCGGCUCAACAGUGAUGACAACGGCUGGACCCCCAAUGUAGACAGCAACAAAGAGUACCUCCAGGUGGACCUCCAUUUCCUGACUGUGCUUACAGCCAUCGCCACACAGGGUGCCAUCUCCAGAGAAACUCAGAAUGGCUACUAUGUCCGCACCUACAAGCUGGAGGUCAGCACCAAUGGGGAGGACUGGAUGAUGUACCGACAUGGGAAAAACCACAAGACAUUUCAGGCCAAUGAGGAUGCCACAGAGGUGGUUCUCAACAAGAUCCACAGCCCGGUGCUCACACGCUUCGUGCGCAUCCGUCCCCAGAGCUGGCACAACGGCAUUGCCCUGAGGCUGGAGCUGUAUGGCUGCCGCAUCACUGAUUCACCCUGCUCCAACUUGCUUGGAAUGCUUUCUGGCCUCAUCCCUGACUCACAGAUCUCGGCCUCUUCCAUCAGAGGCUAUGACUGGUCUCCCAGCAUGGCCCGCCUGGUGAGCAGCCGCUCAGGCUGGUUUCCCCGCGUCCCCCAAGCCCAGCCUGGGGAGGAGUGGCUGCAGGUGGACCUUGGCAUCCCGAAGAAUAUCAAAGGCGUCAUUAUCCAGGGGGCUCGUGGAGGGGACAGCGUGACCACCACCGAGUCCCGCUCCUUCGUGAAGAAAUUUAAGGUGGCCUACAGCAUGAAUGGAAAAGACUGGAACUUCAUCCAGGACCCCAAAACAAUGCAAGCCAAGCUUUUUGAAGGCAACAUCCACUACGAUAUCCCUGAAGUCCGGAGGUUUGACCCUGUUCCUGCCCAGUACGUCCGAGUGCACCCAGAGAGGUGGUCCCCAGCGGGAAUAGGAAUGCGCCUGGAGGUGCUGGGCUGUGACUGGACAGAUGUAAAGCCCACUGCAGAGACGCUGGGGCCCACUUUGAAGAGCGAAGAGACCACCACCCCAUACCCAACUGAUGAAGAGGCAACUGAGUGUGGUGAUAGCUGUGGAGAAGAGGAGGAUUUCCACCUCCCUGCGAACUUCAACUGCAACUUUGAUCUCCCUGAAGACCUUUGUGGUUGGUCACAUGACUUGGCAACAGGCUAUACGUGGUCUUUUCAGCCUACACGCACCUGGACUGGCAACUCUGAACCAAGCCCUGAGACUGUGCCUGACAGCAAGAAUUACCUGCAGCUGCAGAGCAGUGGAAGGAGGGAAGGCCAGCGAGCCCGGCUCAUCAGCCCCACCAUCUAUCUGCCCCGGAGUGCUGUCUGCAUGGUCUUCCAUUACCAGGCGUGGGGCAGCAACGGGGUGAUGCUGCGGGUCUGGCGGGAAGCCAGCCAGGAGCACAAGGCGCUGUGGGUCAUCACAGAGGACCAAGGGGAGGAAUGGAGGGAAGGACGCAUCAUCUUGCCGAGCUACGACAUGGACUACCGGAUUGUGUUUGAGGGAUUUAUACGCAACGGCCACUCAGGAGAGCUCGCCCUCGAUGACAUCCGGCUAGGCACCGACAUCCCACUGGAGAACUGCAUGGAACCCAUCACAGCUUUCCCAGGUGAGAACUUCUACUUUCCAGUGAACUUCCCAAGAAUGGAGGAUGACUUUCUGAUCUCUGAGCAAGACUUUGAAGACGACGAUCCAGAUUACUUUGGAUCGGAUAGGAACGACACACUGUUCUCUACUAACUCUCCAGGAACCCCGAAGCUGGACAAAGAGAAAAGCUGGCUCUACACCUUGGAUCCCAUUCUGGUGACCAUCAUAGCGAUGAGCUCCCUCGGCGUCCUCCUCGGGGCCAUCUGCGCCGGUCUGCUCCUCUACUGCACGUGCUCGUAUGCCGGGCUGUCCUCACGGAGCUCCACCACACUGGAGAACUACAACUUUGAGCUGUACGAUGGCAUCAAGCACAAGGUGAAGAUGAACCACCAGAAGUGUUGCUCAGAGGCCUGAUGGGUGCC